AUGAAGAGAUCUCGGGAUGUGGAGAUUGAAGAAAAGGUUGAAUUUGACAGCUUACUGCAAAACAAACAACUGUUACAAGGACUAAAGCAAUCGGGAUACGAGCAACCUUCGCCAGUACAGUUGAAAGCGAUUCCAAUGGGCCGUCUUGGUGUUGACAUGAUAGCGCAAGCGAAAUCAGGUACAGGCAAAACAGUAGUCUUUGGUGUCAUCACAUUGGAAGCUAUCAAUCUUGCCGUUACUCAACCUCAAGCCAUGGUCAUUGCACCCACAAGAGAGAUCGCUAUUCAGAUUCGUGAUGUGGUUCGAAAUCUUGGCCAAUUCAUGCCUUCGUUGCAAUGCCAUGCUUUUAUUGGAGGUAUCUCUAUGCAAACAGAUGUGCAACAUGCCAAUCAUAGCCACAUCAUUGUUGGCACUCCUGGUCGUUUGAUGGCACUCUUGGAAUGCAAGAAACUGUCCACCACACACAUAAAAUUAGUAGUGUUGGAUGAAGCAGACAAACUCAUGUCAGAGACCUUUUAUCCUCAGAUCGACUACAUAUUCUCGAAAAUGAAGAGCACCGUAUUCCAGGUGGUCGCAUUUUCUGCCACAUUCACUGAAGAAUUGCUGAAAUUAGUGUCGAAAUUCUUGAAAGAUCCUCAAACUGUUUGUCUGACUGAUGGCGUACCAACACUGGAUGGUGUACAGCAAUAUUACAUCAACACAUCCAUUUCAAACGACGAAUCCAGUUUGCAGAGAUAUAAACACAAAUUUCAAGCUGUCGAAAAGAUCCUCGGUCAAGUGCCCUUCUACCAAGGGAUGAUAUUUGUAAACAGCUUACCUCGGUCGAUGGAACUGAGUCGCUGGCUAAACGAAAUGGGGUGGAAGUCAGGGCAUAUCCAUGCUGGCAUUACGCAAGACAAGCGAUUAUCUGUGAUGGAAGACCUGAGAGAUUUCAAGCUUCGACUUUUGGUAUGCAGUGAUCUAAUUGCACGUGGUAUUGAUGUGGAUCGAGUCAACUUGGUGAUCAAUUUAGAUUUGCCAUGGGACGUAGAGACGUAUUUGCAUCGGGUAGGACGCACCGGUAGAUACGGUACAUCGGGCAUUGCUAUCAACCUGAUUGGGGGUGCAGAAGAUGAAGAGUUCUUGCAGAAACUGAGAGAUGAGGGCAUACACAUUGAUAAACUGCCAGAUAAAGUGUCUCAUAAUGAGUAUGUCAAGCAAUUAACAGAAUCCGAUCAAGCACAGUUGAGCCAACAUGAAUCCCAGAAAAUCGAGUCUAAACCUUUGAUUCUGAAUCACAAGCAGGACAAAAGCAGCAGCAGCAGCAGCAGCAACAACAAUUCUAUGCAGAAGAAGAAACCCAAAAAGAAGCAUCCUAAACCACAAAAGCCAGCACCGAGAUAUACAGACGUCGUCUACCAAGAGGAUAAUAGCCAGUUUCAACCAUCGUUUGCUUGGGAACCGCCGCGACCAUUGCAUCCAGAGCCAAAAGCUUCCACACCAGCUCCUGCACAACAGACGAAUGCCUUUAUACCCCCUGAUUUGUUCUUUUAG